GCUACGCCGGACUGGCACGCGCUGGAGCUGGGUGUGAAGAUGGCGGACGAGGAGGCCGAGAAGGACCGUGGUCCUGAGAACGGUAUCAGUGCAACCAUAGGGGAACUCAAACAACGCUUACAAGAGCUGCAGGACGUCGUGUUUAAGGAAAGGAAUGAAUGUCCAGUCCAGGCUUCUCUGAACUAUUGCCAAGAAUUUUGUAGGACACUGCUGGAGUAUGCAGGCCGAUGGAAGAUAGAGGAAGAACCUCUGCCCCUGGUGGAAGUGUACAUGGUUGCCUUGCUGAGUUAUGCCCAGGCCUCUCCAUACCUGUCCCUGCAGUGUGAAAACGUUCCCGUUGUGGUGGAGAGGCUGUCACUGAGUUUUGUGGAGCUCUUACUUUCACUGAAGGACGAGGUACCAGAUGGAUUAUGGACAGAAUUCAAGUCGUGUAUCCAGUUUGCUCAUAAUAAGCUGCAGGAGAAUGGGAUCGCUCAUCUGUCCAUGCUGUCUGCUUUGGGCCAGCAAUACGGCAUUUGGACCAACUGGGUCCUACAAGACAUUCUGUCCCACGCAGACGUACAGAAGGAGCAAAUCGAGGAGUUCAUGGUGCAGGAGGGCCAGGGUCUGCUGGAGAUGAGAGUGAAGCAGCUGAUGAAGGACAGUCAGCCGGGGAAGGCCGCACAACUGGCAAAGACGUGUUUUGAGUGCACCGCCUUCGAAGGAAAGGGACUUUUCAAGCAGAUGUACCUGGUCUGCCUGUGUACUACCUCAGAACAGGAUCAGCUGAUGGAGGAGCUUUCGAAGGUGGACUGCCGCGACGCCCUAGAAAUGAUCUGCAACCUGGAGUCAGACGGAGAUGAGAAGGCAGCAUUCAGCUUGUGCUCAGCCUUCCUGACUCGACAGCUUCUCCAAGGAGACACCUACUGCGCUUGGGAGCUGACUUUAUUUUGGAGUAAACUGCUGAAGCGGUUCGAGCCCUCAGAGAAGGACUUCCUCGACAGAUGCCGCCAGAUGUCUUUACUUUCCAAAACAGUGUACCACAUCUUAUUCCUCAUCAAGGUCAUCCAAUCGGAGAUCAACAGCCUUGGACUGCCAGUGUGCAUUGAAAUGUGCAUUCGAGCUCUGCGGAUGGACUCAAAUGAUGGAACCACGAAGGCCACCGUUUGUAAAACCAUUUCCUGUUUGCUUCCCAAUGACCUAGAAGUAAAACGGGCCUGCCAACUGACUGAGUUCCUCCUGGAGCCCACUGUGGAUUCGUACUACGCCGUGGAGACUCUUUACAAUGAACCGGAUCAAAAACUAGAGGAGGAGAAUUUGCCCGUUCCGAACUCACUACGCUGCGAGCUUCUGUUGGUUUUCAAAACCCAGUGGCCUUUUGACCCAGAGUUCUGGGACUGGAAAGCACUGAAGCGCCACUGCUUAGGACUGAUGGGUGAAGAGGCCUCCAUAGUGUCAUCUAUCGACUUACUGAAUGAUACUGACAGCCCUGAGGAGGAAGAACCCUUCUUCAGCCAGGAAGGGUUUCUGGAAAGCGCAGACCGCCUCGUAAGCGGCACCUACGAACUGAAAGAUGUAACAGACAGGAAACAGAAAAACAGAGAAAUGAAGAAACUGAGAGAAAAAGGUUUCAUAUCUGCCAGGUUUCGAAACUGGCAGGCAUACAUGCAGUACUGUGUUCUGUGUGACAAAGAGUUUCUAGGCCACAGGAUUGUACGUCACGCACAGACUCAUCUGAGCGGCGGAGUAUACAGCUGCCCGAUAUGUACGGAAUCCUUUAGCUCAAAAGACACUCUGCUCCCCCACGUCACAUCGCAUGUUAAACAGUCAUGCAAAGAGAGGCUAACUGCAAUGAAGACCACCAAGAAACUGGCUAAUCAAACGGCCGCUCCGGUCAUUGCGGCAUUACAGGCCAGACGGAAAAUCAAUUUUAUGAAAACGGUUGCUUCUGCGGGGCGUAAUGGGGAAUUGAUUGAUAGCGUUCAGUCAAGACUGUCCUGGGGUAAUGUAGAGAGAAGCGAAGACAAUAUCUGCCCCGUUGGAAAAUGUAGAACCUUCAAGUUCUUCAAAAACCUCAUCGCUCACGUUAAAGCUCACGGAGACGACGAGGAAGCGAAGUCAUUCCUCGAGAUGCGGAGUAAAAAGGUCAUUUGUCAGUACUGCCGCCGCCACUUUGUUAACGUCAACCACCUUAACGAUCAUUUACAGGUGCAUUGCGGUGUUAAGCCGUACAUCUGUAUACAGUUAAACUGCAAGGCGAGUUUCCUGUCCAACACUGAACUUCUCGUCCACAGGAAAACGCACACUUUUUUUAAGGCCAAAUGUAUGUUUCCAAAUUGCGGAAAGAUUUUCAGUGAGGCCUUCAAACUGUACGCUCACGAGAAAAAGCAGGAGGACAAAUGGCCAGCCAUUGUUAGAAAUGGCAAAUGGAUCUGUUGCAGAUGUUAUAGACAGUUCGAUAGUCCCAAAUCACUUGGAGGCCAUUUGUCUAAACGUACAGUGUGCAAACCAUACGAAGAGUCAGAACUGAACACGGACCUGCCCGCAUCAUUUCUCGACCUCCUCAAUUCUGAACAAGCGGUUAGCGGUGUUGAGCCCGGUCUUUCGUACAAUCCUGCCACAGUUUAUCAGGGCAAGCCUCAGCAUUCAGAAAUGAGUAGUUCUGCAGGCCAAAAAGAUUAUAGCUCUGCUAAUUAUCCACAAGGAAAUUUGCCAGUCUAUGGAAAUGGUGAAUCAAAUGAAGACAUUCUCAAACAAAUCAUGACUGAAUCAAACAUAGCAGAUCUGUAUGUGCAGCCACCUGUUCCUCCACCCAUGUUCCCAAACUCAGGUGUUCCCUACGGGCCAAGUGAACGUUAUCCAGCAAGCUCGGUCAUACAGCACACCGAAGACGUUCACAGGAGAGAAGCUGACUUGUGUAAUGCUGCUCAUUAUCCACAGUCUAGGAUUGAUACAUUUUCCGGUAAUGAAUUUCCUAACUCGCUUUUAUCCCAAGUAGUAACAGAAACGCAGACUAAUACUAUUUCCAGCCUUGUUCCCACAAACAGUGUAAUUCCAAGGGAAGUCCCUCCUCAACCCUAUCACUCUGAGACAAUGAUCCAGACAUCAGAUAUGGAUUCAAACCCAGUGAAACAGACACUGUUACACGAUAGUGGGCUUAGUCCUAUACCAGCAAGUGACACGAAGCAACCCGGGAUGCAAAGGAAGAGCACUGAGCACGAUAUCAAAAAGAGACUCGAGCAGAUUCUCGCUGGUGAUUUUCAACGUAGAAAUAGCUUGUAAUCAAGCAACAUGGACACUAAUGUGACUUCAAGAAGUCCCAUGUCAUUUAGCACAGUGUCAAGUCCUAAAAACUUUGGACCUCAUCAAAUUGGUUGGGAUGUAAAGGGUGAUGCAGCUAAUGGAGGACAAGAAAACUCUAUCAUUCCAGGGUCAUCGGGCGAAAUUGAAGUACUCCUAAAAACCCAAAGCUUUACCAGUUUUAGACAGACUACUACCCCGCAGCAGGAGGUGCAGAGCCCGACUUGCACUGUGGCAAGUGAUCUAGAUCCUGAACCCAGUCAGGUACCUUGCAGCCAACAACAGUGGCUAACAGAAAUUCAGAGUGCGUUCGAGAGGCUUAACCUUGUCAGAGAAUUAUCUGAUCAAACAUGUAGCAAAGUGAAGCAAACUAGCAUCCCCGACAGCCACAAAGCACCCGCAAAAGUCGUUUCACGUAAUGUAAAACCAUCAAACCCGGCCAAAAUGUUUGCUUGUGAGAAUGACAACUGCACAUUUAGCACAGUGUCAAGUGAGGCGUUCUGGAGACACCUCUCAAGGUCUCAUAAUUACACAUUCGAUAUGGUGAACGUGGUUAAAAAACAGUACGGCCAAUACGCUCCCUUCCAGUGUCAGAAAUGUAAUAAAACAUUCACACGUAAUUCAAACCUCCGAACUCACUACCAGUCAGCUCACAAAUUAUCGGCCGAAGAAAUUGCAAAUCUGGAUUUGAAACGUCGACUAGCCAAAGCUGCUGCAGCCGCUGCUACUCCAAACCACCCUCCACCCACUCAAGCCCCAACUGCUUCCUCAUCAGUACCGAAUGGAUGUGAUCCAUUUGUCCAUUAUAAUAACUUGAACAGAGCUAGUCAAAAAUUUCAAGGUGACACCUGCUCCUCAGUAAUUCACGCUUUGCAGCCAACAGUCUUACACAAUCAGAGGCAACCAAACCUGACUCAGAACUCAGCCAUCUUAUCAGGCCGGACAAACAGCAGAACAUUUGCCCAUGAUACCAGUCCAGCACACGAGCAGGAAACAAGUUGGAGCCCAUUCGUCCAAGCCGGCCCUCAUCAAGCGAACAGACUUCAGAGUCUAGAUAAAGAAGUUAACGGGCAGGCGAUAGUCAAACCCAGCAUUGACUUAAACAAGAAGCCAAAGGAGAAGAAGCCAACCUUGAGCGAUGCCAUAAGUCAGUACAGACCUUACCGCUGUGUUCACCAGGGCUGCGUGGCGGCCUUCACCAUCCAGCACAACCUGAUCCUCCACUACAGGGCCGUUCAUCAGUCCGCCCUCUGCGCUUUGGAGGUGAACAAGGAUCAGGACCAGAGUGAGGGUUUCGACGAAGUAACGGAACACGAAGAAGAGGAGGCGGAGGUCCCCCACAUUUCUGAAUUCAGAUGCCAGGUUAAAGACUGCUCCCGAGUUUUUCAGGAAGUUCCCAACCUUCUCCAGCAUUACUUCCAGCUGCACGAGUUCAGCAUCGACAAGGUGGGCAACAUCUUGUGUGGCAUCAGCCUCGGACGGUUCACCUGCGGUCACCAAGGAUGCACCUCAAACUUCACUGGUUUCUGGAAGUACAUCGGGCACGUCAAAGAACAACAUAAAGACAUAAAGCUGUCCAAACCAGAGCCAUUAAACGGUUUGUUCAAAUGUGAAAUCGAAGGCUGUGAUCGUUCAUAUGCCACAAAGUCAAAUAUGCUCAGACACGCGAUGAAAAAGCAUCAGGAUUUGUACCAAUCGAAACUAAAGACUCAGCAAAUAACAGAGGACAGUAUGAAAGAGAAGUCGACAACUUUGAAUUCAAAGACUUUGCAUUACCAAAUAUCCAAAACAAGUAACGGGAAGGAAAACAUCGAGAGCAAUAAAAAGGUCGUUCAGAAGGAAAGUGACGCAAAGAGAGCCCGAAAAGUGAACAUUUACUGGACGAAGUACGAAAAACCCACUUUGAAAUCCAACGUAGAGGCAUCGGCAAUGUGCACAAAGAAGUUCCCUUUGCAGUAUCCCUGCAUGAUAAAGGGUUGUGAGUCUGUCAUGAGUUCAGAGAAGAACGUUUUAAAACAUUACGUAGGACACGGACUGUCCGAAAAGUACUUAGAACAGCACAGGAGUCACUACAUAUUCUGCAAAAAAGCCCCAAACAGAAGCAGCUCCAUCAGGAGUGAGGAUUCUAAAUCGGACAAUGGUUCCGAUCUGUCCGACGGUGAGUUCCUGUGCCAGAGCAGCCCAGAAGGAGGGGAGUUCAACAGUUCCAGACCCCUUCUACGCAAACGCACCUGCAGGCAUCCCAGUUGUAUAUUAGACAGCAAGUUAUCCAAUGACGACAGUUCUGACGGCUCUGUGGUGCUCAAACGAAAACGAGGACGCCCGCGAAAGCUAAUCGAAAAGAUAGUGAAACGCAAGAAAAUCCCACGCGCGACGAAGGCCGAUGUGGUUUACAGUCGAGACGACGAGUCCGACUCAACCUGUCCGCCGGCGCUGCAGGACGUGUCCGAUCAGAGCGUCCAGCUAGCCUCCUUCAAACCCAUGGGCUUCGAAAUGUCCUUCUUACAGUUUCUCGAGCAGUCAAAUAAAUCUGAUAACUCCCUGAGGAGUAACGCGGAGCCGACGGACACGCGAAGUAAAACCCCCAGUCCCAACGCCAAAGAAACCUGCAUCAAGUUCAACAACCGGCGGAACCUGAAGUCGCUCAGUAAAGUUCGGAUCGUUUUGGACGUGGCCGUCUCAGGCGUUACGGAGCUGAUUGUGAAGCAGCUGCAGGACAUGGAGCCCAGAGUGAGACUGGAAAGAAACAACCUGAUGUUGAGACAGUUACACGACAUGCAGCCCACCGUCGUACUGGAGAAACACACCUAACCUGCUUUUUCUUGUUUGGUUUUUUGGUUUUAUUCGCAGAAUCUCAGGACUAGAACAAGUCAAGUCUGCUGCAGACUGGUGCCCUACAAAUCAAAUGUUUUUUUACACAUCCACUUAUCAAAAAAAAAAAAACAAACGCUUUUGAAUUAUACUGUAAUAAUAUCUGUAAAAU